UUUUUUUUUUUUUCGACAUUUCAAUCUCUAUUUCUAGCAACCUACUUUGUUAGUCGUAUUUGAAACUCCUCCAAUAAACUCUAUAUUUCAAAGCAAUACACCUGAAGUAGAAUAACUUCAUGCAUCAAAAUGUCUGGUCGCGGUAGAGGAGGAAGGGGCGGUCGUGGCGGCCGCGGUGGUUUCGGUGCAGCUCGCAAAGCAGGACCACAAGGAAUGCCCGGCGCUGACGACCCAAGUCUGCAGUUCAACGAGAAGCCGCAAGAUACAUAUCCCAAAACCUACAAACCCCCAAUCGCACCCCCCCUCUCCCCAACCGAAGACCGCUCCGUCGCCGCCUUUGUCGCCUUCCGGCGCGCCUUCCAGAAUACGCCGCUGUACACGCACCGACACCUAACGAGCAACAACAACAUGAGCGACGCGGGAACCUCUAAGCCGAGCGAUCCAGUGCGGCGGACGUACGGGCAGGCGCAGCUGAACGCGCGGUUUGGCGUGAAGAGUCGGGCGAGCGCGGACCCCUUUCGCGCUGUGCCGCUGUAUAGUCAUAAGUUUGUCGAUGAGGUGCGCGUGCUGCCCGAGCUGCGCCGGUGCGCCGAUAGGUACGUCAACGCCUUCUUCCCCGAGGAGCUGUGGGCCACCCUGCACGGUCGAGACGCCGGUGGCCCGAAGGGCGGGUACCUUGCGACCAACGGGGUGAAGGAGAAGGAGAAGAAGGGAACGAAGCGCAAGGCCGUGGUGCUGGAUAACGAUACGUUCGCUAGUGACGACGACGGAGAAGGUUCAUCUCGGCGCAGGAAGCGUGAGGACGAGACGGAGGAGGAGCGCAAGAAACGCAUCGAUGCUUCCCUCAAGGAGAAUGAGACGGAGGAGGUUGACAAUAAAGAGGACAUCGAUAUUGAUGAGGAAGAGGAGCAUAUGUCCCAGGAAGACGAUGAUUACGACGAUGACGAGGGCGGAGACUACGACGCAGAGCAAUAUUUCGACGGCGGAGACGCCGACGACUUUGGGGAAGAUGAAGGUGUUGGAGAAAGCGCAAUGGACUUUUAGCGGACGGGUACUAAAUUCGAUGGAUACGCAUCGACCGGAAAUAUCACUCUUGUCGGCUGCAUUGGGAUCGGCGUUUUUGGAGGAGUUUUUCGAGCUUUUAUGUCUCGAGACUGAUUAUGUGACUACAAGACCAAGACGAUUCUCUAGAGACGAUGAAUACCAAGAUCUAU